AUGAUAUCAACUUAUAUUCAAAAUAAUCCAUUGUUAUCACUAGCUGAAGCUCGACAAUAUUCAAAUCAACUCAUAUUUGAAUACAAUUCUUCACAUGAUGAUACUAUUGAUAUUUCACCUCAAACAAUAGCAAAGCUAUACUACGAGAUCAGGCCUAAAAUCAAACUAAGCGAAAAUGAAUUAAUUAAGAAGUUAUUAGAAAAGUAUAACAGCACAGAUUAUUAUAUAACCCAAUAUUACUCAAGUUCAGAUGAUACUAACUAUUAUUUCUUCGGGUUGCCAGCUUUUAUAAAAAGAGCUAAAACUUGCAACCAUCUUUUCAUAGAUGGAACAUUUCGUAUCGUUCCAAUUAAGUUAGCAAAUGGGCAGCUCUUAAAUCUUUUAGUAUACGAUGAAGCUACAAAUUUAUAUUUACCUUUCCUUCAUGUACUAAUGACAGGAAGAUCAUCACUUAACUAUGAUACAGUUUUUAAUUUAAUGAUCACAUGUCCUCUUAUUAGUAUAUCAUUGGGAAAAUAUAAAAUCAUUACAUCAGAUUUUGAGAAUGCAUUAAUGAAAUCAAUCAAAUCUAAAGUCAAUGAUGAAACUACAGUCACUGGUUGUAUAUUUCAUUAUAUAGCAGCUCUUGUUAAAAAUUUCAAAAAGUUAUGUGAUGAAAACGAUGUUUGCGCAAAAUCACUUUUAAAACUAUUAUGUGCAUGUCCUUUUGUUCCAAUAGAAGUUUUUGAAAUAAUUUGCAAAAAAUUAGAUGCGAUUAAAGAAAUAAAUGAUUUUGCAAAAUAUUUCUUAAAUACAUGGGGUAAAAAGUAUGAUGUAAUUAACAAGCUGAAAGUAUCUGAUAUGAUCUUUUCCAAUAAUGGAGUUGAGUCAUUUAACAAAGUGUUAAACUCUCAUAUUGCAUUCCCACAUCCAACUAUUUAUCAUAUGAUUUACAUCCUAUUGAAAGUUGAUAAGGUAUAUUUUCAUCGAUAUGCAAGGCAGCAAAAUGACAAUUUUGAUCAUAAAAAAUCGUAUUUUAUACCAUUGACAAGAAUUCAACAAGAGUUAGAUGUAUUCACAUCUAAUUUUGGAUUAGAACGUGCAGAAAUACCAAGUGAAAUAAUCAAAAAACAUAAAAAAUCAUUUCGAUUUGGAGAGGCCGAUUAUCGAGAUAUAGAAAUUGAAAAAUAUCUGAAUAAAAAUGAUGAGCAGUUUUCAAAUUCUGUUACAAUUAAAUUAGAAGAAUCCGAUGAUAUAAAUAUCAAUGAAUUCGAAAUUACAGAAGAUGAUAUUUUUGGAAAUGAGAUUAAUUAA